AUGCAAAUUUUCGUAAAAACUCUAACGGGAAAAACCAUUACGCUUGAUGUCGAACCAUCUGACACUAUUGAGAAUGUAAAGGCAAAAAUUCAAGAUAAGGAGGGAAUUCCACCAGACCAACAAAGACUAAUUUUUGCAGGAAAACAGCUAGAAGAUGGAAGAACCUUAUCUGACUACAAUAUUCAAAAGGAGUCUACUUUGCACUUGGUUUUAAGACUAAGAGGAGGAGCAAUAGAACCUUCGCUGGCCCAAUUAGCACAGAAAUAUAACUGUCAAAAAUUAAUAUGUAGAAAAUGUUAUGCUCGAUUACACCCUAGGGCAACCAACUGCAGAAACAAAAAAUGCGGAAGAACCAAUCAAUUAAGACCAAAGAAAAAAUUAAAGUGA